AUGCUAGAUUGCAAACCUACGGACACUCCUAUUGUUCAGAAUCAUCAUCUUGGAGAAUAUCCGGAUCAAGUUCCAACUAACAAAGAAAGAUACCAAAGAAAAUCCACAUCGGGUUACUUCACAUUCGUGGGAGGUAAUUUGGUGACAUGGAGGAGCAAGAAACAUAAUGUAGUAGCUUUAUCCAGUGCAGAAGCUGAGUUCAUAGGCAUGACUAAGGGGAUUUGUGAACUUCUUUGGUUAAGAAAGUUGCUUACUGAACUUGGGUAUAAACCUACAUCCACAAUGAAUCUCUUUUGUGACAACAAGGCUGCUAUUGCCAUUGCACAGAAUCCGGUUCAGCAUGAUCAUACUAAACAUGUUUAG